CCCUGGCAACUCAUAACUGCCGUUGGUUGAGAAAGCAUGAGAGACGUAAUUGCCAUUGGUUGAGAAAGCGCGUGAUAAGCGUAAUUGCCAUUGGUCAAAGCAUGACACGUCAGCAAAUCGGUUCCUCCAGAGAAAUUGUUUGCAUAUCUGGACAAGCCAGAUUGGUCGACGACACUGCUCAUAAGAUAAAAGAGAGUACACAUUACAGAGUCAGCUAUGGGAGAAAUUAGGUAUGGUAGAUUCAGAGCAGUUGAUCUUUGAACGUUCAGACAUUUACGACCAAGGAAGAGAUAGAGAGAGCGCCAUGGAUCCGGUUGAUGUUCGUUUCCCGAUAAAAUCAUCUCCUUCUACGAGCCAAACUUCUCAUUUGGCUCUCGACAUCGGAGGAACACUGAUCAAGCUGGUGUAUUUCUCGAUUGAUGGCAACGAAGAUGACCGUGGUAGUGACGUAUGUGAGACGUCUCGAGACGGUGAAUUCGAAGUCGUCCAUGGUGCUGGUGCUAGUCCGGUGCUGCGCGGGAGGCUUUGUUUCGCAAAGUUCGAGACAAGGAACAUUGGUGAUUGUUUAGAGUUUAUUCGAGCAGAUAAUCUUCAUUACACCGGGGUUCAACAUCAGCAUGGGGUAGCCCGUGAUAAGACCUUUGUUAAGGUACAUGCAACCGGUGGCGGGGCAUAUAAGUUUGCCGAUCUCUUUAAAGAGAAGCUCGGAAUUCUUUUUGACAAGGAGGAUGAGAUGCACUGUCUUGUCGGGGGUGCAAAUUUUCUUCUUAAGACGGUCCCACAGGAAGCUUAUACCUACUUGGAUGGCCGGAAAGAGUUUGUGCAGAUUGACCAUAAUGAUUUAUUCCCGUAUCUUCUUGUUAACAUUGGCUCUGGUGUUAGCAUGAUAAAGGUAGAAGGAGAUGGCAAGUACGAGCGAGUCAGUGGAACAAGUCUUGGUGGAGGCACUUUUCUAGGUCUUGGAAAGCUCUUAACAAAAUGCAAGAGUUUUGAUGAGCUGCUCGAGAUAAGUCAACAGGGAAAUAACCGAGCAAUCGACAUGCUUGUUGGGGAUAUUUAUGGUGGAAUGGACUAUUCAAAGAUUGGUCUUUCAUCAACAACCAUCGCUUCCAGCUUUGGAAAGGCAAUAUCUGAUAUCAAAGAACUGGAAGAUUACAAACCUGAAGACGUAGCAAGAUCCCUUUUAAGAAUGAUUUCAAAUAACAUCGGUCAGAUUGCCUACUUGAAUGCUCUCAGAUUCGGACUGAAGCGUAUAUUCUUUGGUGGAUUUUUUAUCCGCAGCCAUGAGUACACAAUGGACACAAUAUCUGUUGCGGUUCACUUCUGGUCAAGAGGUGAGGCAAAGGCGAUGUUCUUAAGGCAUGAAGGGUUUCUCGGAGCAUUAGGUGCAUUCACAAGCUACGAAAACCCAGAGCCUCAAACGAUUUGAAGUGUCAUCAAUCCGUGCAGAGCCAUUCAGCCAUAGUUAAUUUUCCAGGUGA